AUGCGAGCAUUCAAAUGUCAGACAUUUAUACUGACUCCGAAGGAGAAGCGACUCAAGUGGGAUCCAAAGGCUCGCGCUGGCAUAUUCGUGGGCUACGAAGAAGUGUCCAAGGCAUAUCGUGUAUUUGACAUUGAGGCGGGGCAGGUGGUUAUCAGCCGCGAUGUCAACUUCGACGAGUCCACCUUUGGACUUCAACUGCCGAUCACUGAUGAAGAUGUCGAUGACCUGGACUUCGAAUUGCUGGAUCUUGAUGACGAAGAGCUGCGUCAAAUGGAGUAUCAGCAAACUGGCAAGCGCAAGAACCGACUCAAUGAUGAAGAUACAGCAGCUCCACGACCGCGUGCAGUGCGUCAACGACCAGGACUAGAAGAGUCAAGCGCGCCGGAAAACAACUCGUCACGACAAGAAGAAGACGAAGAAACGAAGGAUUCUGGUGAUUCAACACCGCCUGUGUUUUGGCGUGCGAGUGCAAAUGCCGUUGAAGCAGCAGUAGACUUAUCAGAACCCUCAACAUUUGAAGCAGCAGUAAGCGGCCCUGACCAAGUGCACUGGAGAAAAGCAAUUCAUGCAGAGCUCGAGUCAAUGCGACUUCGCGGUGUGUUUCGUGCAGCCAAGCUGCCCAACGGACAACGCGCCAUUGGCACAAAAUGGGUGUUCAAGAUCAAGCGCAAGGCGGAUGGGUCAAUCGAGAAGUACAAGGCACGACUUGUGGCCAAGGGUUUCCGCCAAAAGUAUGGCAUCGACUACACGGAGACGUUUUCGCCUGUGGUCAAGUAUGUGACGCUGCGAAUGGUGAUCGCAAUUUCCAAGCAUUUUGGAUGGCCCAUCGACCAGCUUGAUGUGGUGACAGCUUUCCUGUAUGGCGUCAUGAAGGAACAAGUGUUCUGCGUGAUUCCUGAAGGCGUCGAACUUGACAGUACGUUCGACUGCCUGGAAUUGGUGAAGUCAAUUUACGGCCUCAAGCAAGCGUCGCGAGUGUGGAACGAGACGUUCGACGAGUAUGUGUGCUCCAUCGGAUUUCAAGUAUCGGACUUCGACCCAUGUCUCUACAUCAAGACUUCGGACGGCCAUUGCGUAUUUAUACUGGUCUACGUGGACGACGUCUUGGUGACUGGAAGCUCGCUCGAGCUGAUUGCACAAACCAAGAACGACCUGAAGACGCGGUUCGAAAUGACGGACAGCGGCAAGUGUGCGUUUGUUCUUGGGAUCGAGCUUUUGGACGGUGAAGAUGGCAGUGUGACAAUAUGUCAGCGUCGGUAUGUCGAUGAUAUCCUCAAGCGCUUUGGCAUGGAUGAUUGCAAGGCAGUCGCAAGUCCAGUCGACAUGAGCUCUCGACUUGUUUCAAGUGAUGCAACUACCAAGGUCGAUGCUCCUUUUCGCGAAGCUGUUGGUGCGUUGAUGCACCUGACCACUGCAACGCGUCCGGACAUUGCGUUUGCUGUGGGCUAUGUGUCGCGGUUCAUGGAAAAUCCCCAAGAAGAACACUGGGUUGCAGUUAAGCGUAUCUUUCGCUACCUACAAGGCACCAAGACGCAUGGAAUUUGCUACAAGCCAAGUGCAAGGAUCGACUUCCGUGGAUAUUCGGAUGCGGAUUGGGCUGGUGAUCUUACCGACCGCAAGUCAACAUCGGGGUACACGUUCAUGCUACUCGGUGCGCCAGUCAGUUGGGGCAGCAAGAAGCAGCCAAGUGUUUCGUUGUCCACGAGUGAAGCCGAAUACAUCGCACUCAGCUUGGCGAUUCAAGAGGGCAAGUGGAUUCAUCGUCUGCUUUGUGAGAUCGUGAUGGCUGCCAAUGAAGAAGGACCGGAACUCAUGAUCCAUGAAGACAAUCAGUCGUGUAUCAAGAUGACGAAGAACCCAGUCAACCACGGCCGUGCCAAGCACAUUGAUAUCAAGUACCAUCACAUCCGUGAUGAGGUCAAGCGCGGUGAAGUGAAGCUCAAGUACUGUGAAACUGCGGUGAUGUUAGCGGACAUCAUGACGAAGGGACUUCAUGGACCACGCCACAAGGAGAUUACGACGGCUCUCGGGAUUCGUGAGCAUUCGGAUUGA